GGCACGGCCGGCCCUAAGGGCAGCUCCCCCUGCUCGGCUGCGAGCGCUGCCAUGAGCGGCCCCGCCGGCCCGCGGCCCCUCGGCGCGGGGCUGGACCUGCUGCGCUGCCCCUGCUGCCGCCUGCUCCUCUGGGAGCCGGUGACCGUGUCCUGCGGUCACUCCUUCUGCAAGCCGUGCCUCGGCGGGGCCGGGCUGUCCCGCUGCCCGCUGUGCCAGGAGCGGCUGGAGCUGCUGGGCGUCGGGGCGGCCAGGAGCAGCGUGGUGCUGUGCGGGCUCCUGGAGCGGUGCGUGGAGCGGGAGCGGCUCCUGGCCGGGCUGGCGGAGCGCGCCCGGGACCGCCUGGCCCGCGGGGACGCGCAGGAGGCGCUGAGGAUGGCGCAGAGAGGGGUCGAGCUGGCCCCAGACUCCAGCUCCCUGCGGCUGUGCCGGGCAGAGGCGUUUGUGGCACUGGGCCAGUAUCCACAGGCACUGGAGGACCUGGACACUGUGUGCAGGGCAGAGCCUGGAGAGCAUGAGGCCUUCUUCAGGAAAGGGAAGGUGCUUUUGGAGAUGGGACAAAGAGCUGAAGCCCUGCUGGUGUGGAAACAUUGCCUGACACUCAGUCCCCAUUUCCACCCUGCUGGGAGAGAGAUGAAGAAGAUCCUUAUGCAAGACAAUCCUCCUCAGCCUCUCACAGCUGCUGCACACCAGGGUGAUGCUCACCUGAGCUCAGCUGGUUCCCAGGUCAGUGGAGGGAGCCCUGUGCUCCCAUCAUCUUCCACACAAGCUCAGGAUCAGGAGGGAGAGCUGGCAGAUGGCAGAGGGGAUGCUGUGUCUGAGCACGGCCAGGGGACAGCCACCUUUUCCCAGCCGGGGCGGCAGCAAGAACUGGAGAUUUCGGCGGAGAGUCAGAGCCAGGAGUUGGUAGAUAAUGAAGAGGAAACAGCAGCAGCAAAGUGUCCCCAGCUGUGCCUUGGGGAGCUGCUGAGCAUAGCUGACUUGGAGUGCUCCCUCUGCAUACGGAUGUUCUUCGAGCCAGUGACAACGCCAUGUGGCCACACCUUCUGCAAGGAGUGCCUCGAACGCUGCCUGGACCACCGGCCCAACUGCCCCCUCUGCAAACAGAGCCUGAGAGAGUACCUGAAGGCUGGAAGGUAUAGCCCCACUGUGCUGCUGCAGGACAUCAUGCUGGCCGCCUUCCCUGCACAGCUGGCCGAGCGCCGGGAGCUGCACCGGGCUGAGAUGGCAGAGCUCUCCAACCUGACCAAGAACAUCCCCAUCUUCGUAUGCACCAUGUCCUUCCCAGGCAUCGCCUGCCCUCUGCACGUCUUCGAGCCUCGCUACCGCCUCAUGAUCCGGCGGUGCCAGGAGACCGGCACGAGGAGGUUUGGCAUGUGCAUAUAUGAGAAUGGGAAAAGUUUUGCUGACUAUGGCUGCAUGCUGGAGAUCCGGCAGAUUGAGCUGCUGGCGGACGGGAGGUCCCUGGUGGACACCAUCGGCCGGCAGCGGUUCCGGGUGCUGAGCCGCGGGCACAGGGACGGCUACCACACCGCUGACAUCGAGUACCUGGAGGACAGGAAGGUGGCUGGGGAGGAGCUGCAGGAGCUGCAGUGCCUGCACGAGAGCACCUACCGCCUGGCUCAGCGGUUCUGCGAGCAUGGAGACCUUACCUCCAGGCACAUCUUGAUGCAGCAUGGACCGCUGCCGGAGAAGGAGGAGGACAUCCAGGCUUCGGCGGAUGGCCCGACGUGGUGCUGGUGGCUCAUCUCCAUCCUGCCCCUCGACCCGUCCUACCAGCUGAACCUCUUCUCCUGCACGUCGCUGCGCGCCCGCCUCACGCAGCUGCAGCGCAUCCUGGCUGCCCUCCUGCAGCAGCCGCCCGCCCGGCCCUUGCUGCCCGAGCGCGGCCCCCGCGUCUGA